AUGGAUAGAAAAUUCCAAGAGCUUCCCAUCUCCGGCGAACCUUUAGUCGUUGAGAGUCCGAUGACCAACAAGAAGACGAAUAAAAGUAAGAGAGAGGAGAAACUGAGUGAGAAGAAUAAGAAGAAGGAUGUCCCGGAGAAGAAGCUAGAAGCUGAGGAGUUAAGUGUUACCAAUGGAGGAGAAAGUGAGCAACCGAAGGUUGUUAUGACUGGGAAAGAUGUGGAAGAAGCAAAGUACGCAACUUUGAAGACUUUUGCUGAAUCGAAUUUGACGGAGAAUGUUUUAGAAAAGCCAUCUCCGAUUCAGUCACAUAAGUGGCCAGUUUUGUUAGAUGGUCGUGAUCUUAUCGGGAUUGCAAAAACUGGGUCAGGUAAGACAUUGGCUUCUGGGAUUCUUGCGAUUAUGCAUGUGUUAAAGAAGAAUAAGAAGAUUGGUGGAGGAUCAAAGAAUGUCAAUCCUACUUGUUUGGUUCUUUCUCCUACACGAGAAUUGGAUGUUCAGAUUUCUGAUGUUUUGAGUGAAGCUGGAGAACCUUGUGGUGUGAAAUCAAUAUGUGUAUAUGGUGGAAGCUCUAAAAGGCGUCAAAUAAAUGCUAUUCGAUUUGGAGUUGAUAUUGUCAUUGGUAUGCAUGGUCGUUUGAGAGACUUGAUUGAGUCUAAUGAGCUUCGUCCCUCGAAAGUUUCCUUUGUGGUAUUGGAUGAAGCAGAUCAAAUGCUUGAUAUGAGUUUCGAAGAACCUGUUCGGUUUACAUUGAGCAAGACAAAUAAAGUUCGUGAGAUGGUUAUGUUCAGUGCAACUUGGCCUUUGGAUGUUCACAAAUUGGCGCAGGAAUUCAUGGAUCCAAACCCAAUCAAGGUAGUCAUAGGCUCCGUAGACUUAGCCGCCAACCACGACGUUACGCAAAUCAUUGAGGUCUUGGAUGAACGUGCGCGGAAGCAGCGACUUGUUGCCUUACUAGAAAAAUACCAUAAAUCUCAAAAGAACAGGUUUUUGGUACUUGCUUUACAACAAGGUGAAGCCAAAGGGGAGCAUUAUGCAGAUAAGAGUACAUUCCAUGGCAAAGAGGAGAAAGAUUAUCAAGGAAGGUCUUGGAUUAAGGCUAUGAGGAAGGAGAUUUUGGAGUUAGGAUAUCUUGAUGACGGUUAUAAUUACUUGGAGCAUUUGAGAGAGAUUAAGAAUCCUGGUGGUGGUUCUACUUUCUAUGCGGAUUCUAAGUUUGAAGUUGAUCACGUUGAGUCUUCUCAAGAGAAAGGUAAAGACAAAGCAGAGCCCACCAGAGAAGUGAUGGUUGACAAAGAGAAAAAAGCCAAGGCUGGAAGUGACAAAGAGAAGGAAGGAGAAGAAGAAAAAGAAGGACUGAAACUUGAAGAUGAGACCGAAGAAGAGAAAAAAAAGAGGGAAGAGAAGGAAGAAUCUUUCGAGAAUCUCUGCAAGACGAUUAAGGAAAUUCUUGGAGACAAAGUUGAGAAGGUUGUGGUCUCAGACAGGAUUGUGGACUCUCCUUGCUGUCUAGUAACUGGUGAAUACAGAUGGACUGCGAACAUGGAGAGGAUUAUGAAGACAGAGGCGUUGAGAGAUAGCAGCAUGAGUGGUUACAUGUCGAGCAAGAAAACAAUGGAGAUCAACCCCGACAAUGGUAUCAUGGAGGAGCUUAGGAAGAGAGCUGAAGUUGACAAGAAUGGCAAGUCCGUUAAAGAUCUCGUCAUGAAGCUGUUCGUGACAGCUUUGUUGACUUCUGGAUUCAGUCUUGAUGAACCAAAUACGUUUGCUGCUAGGAUUCACACAAUGUUGAAGUUGGGUCUGACAUUGAUGGUGAUAAGAAGAUUUCAAGCUUAAGGGGGAGAUUGUUGGUUUAAGCUUGAAAGAGGCUUAAACCGGAGGUUACUUAAACCGCAAGAUGUCGGUUUAUUGAAGAGAUAAAGACUAAUUCUUUAGGAGUUAUCUAGAGAAUAUUAUGUAAUCCUAAUUGAGUUAUGAUUAGGUUUAGAGGUUGUGGCUAUAUAAGCAUAUAUCGAGUUGUGAUAUAGCUUAUGAGAUUGAGAUAGAGAGUUUUAUGUGUUUAAGGUUUUUGAGAAAGAGAGUUUGAGAGUUUGAGUUCUUGAGAUUAAUAAAGAGAGUUAUUCUUUAAAGAGUUGUUCUUAUAUU